AUGUCUGCCAGGAUUCCCGCCAUUGCGCUUGACCGCGUAAGCGAGAGGGCUCGCAAGACCCUCGACGUCGUCGCCAAGUUUCCCCGCGAGCACGAAAACCUUCUCAUUACUCACACGCACACGCCCCACAGUGCCGACCCCGUUCUCGAAGCCCAGAUCGGCGAGGGCGACGAGCGAUGGAAGAGCCACCCCGCCAUCAUCGAGGAGCUCAAGAAGCGCGCGCGCGCCCUCGGCCUCUGGAACAUGUUCUUCCCCAAGGGCCACUACAAGGAGUCGCCCGGCUUCAGCAACCUCGAGUACGGCCUCAUGGCCGAGUGGCUCGGCCGCUCCCGCGUCGCCUCCGAGGCGACCAACUGCGCCGCCCCCGACACCGGCAACAUGGAGGUCCUGGCCAAGUACGGCAACGAGGCCCAGAAGCAGAGGUGGUUGGCGCCCCUCAUGGAGGGCAAGAUUCGCUCCGCCUUCUUGAUGACCGAGCCCGAUGUGGCGAGCUCCGACGCUACCAACAUUCAGCUUACCAUGACGAGGGAGGGCAACGAGUACGUCCUCAACGGCUCCAAAUGGUGGUCCAGCGGUGCCGGCGACCCUAGGUGCCAGAUCUACAUCGUCAUGGGCAAGAGCGAUCCCAAGAACGCCGACACCUACAAGCAGCAGUCCGUCAUCCUCGUCCCCUCCGACACCCCCGGAAUCACCAUCCACCGCAUGCUCCAGGUCUACGGCUACGACGACGCCCCCACGGCCACGGCCACAUUACCUUCAACAACGUUCGCGUCCAUCGGCGCUGCCGAGCGUGCCCUCGACUGGAUGCUCAUGCGCAUCAACGACCCCAAGAAGACCACCUUUGGCAAGCAGCUCAAGGAGCACGGCGUCAUCCUCGAGUGGGUCGCCCGGUCGCGCAUCGAGAUCGACGCCGCGCGUCUGCUCGUCCUCAACGCCGCCAUCAAGAUGGACACCCUCGGCCCCAAGGCCGCGCUCAAGGAGAUUGCCGAGGCCAAGGUCAUGGUGCCCCAGAUGGCGCUCACCGUCAUCGACCGCGCCAUCCGCACCCUCAGGCUCGCCGACGGGCCCGACGAGGUCCACCUUCGGCAAAUGGGCAGGAACGAGGCCAAGCGCGGCAAGGAGACGGCGGCCAUGAUCCAGUGGCAGAACGAGAAGACGGCGGAGCUCUUCAAGAUCUUUGGCGGCCAAAAGUACCAGCCCGGUACCAACAUUGUCAAGUCCAAGAUCUAA